AUGUCGAACCAGAAGAAUAUUGGGACUCACGCAGCGCCGAUACGCAAAUAUUAUCAGCAGCAGCUUAAACAUGCAAACGAGUACGCUAUGACCAAACGCCACGAUCCCGUCAUGUCCUUCGGACCGUCUUUUCAUCAUUGCGGUCUUGCCUAUCAACAAGCACUGGAGUGGGCUCAGAGUCUCACCGAAAUUUGGAAGCGCCCUGCCUCAAAUGACACCGUCCGUUACUUUCCCUUUAUCGACACGCUCAGAAUCAGACUAUGGGAUUCAAACAUACCUCGCCGUCCAGACUCGUCAAUGCGCGUGUUUGGCCUAGACUUUGUCGAUGCCCGUGGGGACCCACAGCGAGUGGGACCAGAUAUCGUUGUCGUUGCUGGGAAGAGGGCGUCAUAUGGUCCUGAAAUGGAGGGUGAUGUUUUAAUUCCAAUAGAUGGUGUCGGUGGACCGGAGAACACGGUCCCAGAAAGAUAUGGGGUGGUGGCGAAUUGCGAGUACUUCUUUCUUGCUGGUGGAGAGACGGUUGUUGCCUACACAUUUGAUCAGGAUCUAUUGAGUUAA